CAUCACCUCCUCCUCCUCCUCCUCCUCCCGCUGCUCCUCCUCCUCGUCCCCCGGCCGAAGGCAGCGCUCCGCGGGGAGCCGCACGCCCAGGGAGCCGCCCCCGCCGAGAUAAAAGGCUGCCCACGUGGGAAAACCACCCCAAGAAAGGAUUUCCCUUGGUUUGUUUCCCUUUGAGAAGAGAAGGACCCGGGAACGCUGAUGGUUAAGAAAUACUAAAACUGACCCUUGGUUCGUUUCCCCAUCCUGCCUCUCUGCCCCGCUGGACCUUGGUGACGGUCUCCAUCCUUCGACAUUUGGGAACGUUUUUCUUCUUAUGUGGAGCUGAGACCUGGGAAUGCGUUAUUAUGGCAGCAGUUGUACAGCAGAAUGAGCUCGUGUUUGAAUUCGCCAGCAACGUCAUGGAGGAUGAGCAGCAGCUUGGUGAUCCAUCCAUUUUCCCUGCUGUCAUCGUCGAACACGUCCCUAGCGCAGACCUCCUACACAACUACUCUGGCUUAACCUGUGUGGAUGAACCCAGUGACAUGAUCACCGAGAGCUCUCUGGAUGUCGCAGAGGAGCAAAUCAUAGAAGACGAUGAUAUCACCCUCACAGUUGAAGCAUCGUGUCAUAAUGGGGAUGAAACAAUUGAAACAAUUGAGGCUGCUGAAGCACUUCUCAAUAUGGACUCCCCUGGUCCAAUGCUGGAUGAAAAAAGAAUAACAACUAUGUUUGGUGCAACUGAAGAUGAAGAUAUGGUAGCUCCUAUUACGCAUGUGUCAGUCACACUUGAUGGGAUCCCUGAGGUGGUGGAGGUUCACCAAGCCCCAGACCCUUACGCUGAGUCACCAGAGACUCCCGAAUUUGAACAACCAAAGAAGAAAAAAGGGAAGAAGCCAAAACCCUCUCGUCCUGAGUCCCCUACCACAACUCCAAACAUAUCUGUGAAAAAGAAAAACAAAGAUGGAAAGGGAAAUACAAUUUAUCUCUGGGAGUUUUUACUAGCACUGCUCCAGGACAAAGCUACAUGUCCUAAAUAUAUCAAAUGGACUCAAAGAGAGAAGGGCAUUUUCAAACUAGUUGAUUCCAAGGCUGUUUCCAGAUUGUGGGGAAAACACAAAAACAAACCUGACAUGAAUUAUGAAACAAUGGGUAGAGCUCUCAGAUACUAUUACCAAAGAGGAAUACUGGCCAAAGUAGAAGGUCAGCGCCUAGUGUAUCAAUUUAAAGAAAUGCCAAAAGAUCUCGUCUAUAUAGAUGAUGAGGAUGCAAGCCCUAGCACUGAAUCAUCAGAUUCAACUUUGCUCUCAGCUCCUGUGGCCAGUAGAAACCAGUCGAGCAGAUCUAGAGCGUCUGCAAACACUGGAACAAAGGGAGGAUCCACCACAGUUCUAAAAACAGGAAAUUCAAAGCCUGCUAAGCUGAAGGAGCACGUAGAGGUUGUACAGCAGCAGACACCUGGCUUGACUUCAGAAGUUUUGAGGACAAUGCAGUCUACGCAGCCAGUACAUCCCACUCAGCUUUUUCGGACAGUUCACGUAAUGCAGCCAUUGCAGUCCAUCACAGAAGGACAAGCAGCUGUAACCAGUAACGUUGCAGAUGAAACGUUAAAUCCGUCAGUUCAGAAUAUAAGGACUUUACAGACUCCAACCCAAGUUCCAGUGGUUGUUUCUCCUGGAAAUCAGCAGCUGCAUACUGUAACACUCCAGACGGUGCCUCUUACUACGGUGAUAGCCAGCACAGAUCCAGCCUCAUCAGCAACACCCCAAAAAUUUAUUUUACAAGCCAUUCCUACUUCCCAGCCCAUGACAGUUCUUAAAGAAAAUGUCAUGCUACAGUCUCAGAAGCCAGUCUCGCCUUCUUCCUCAAUCGUGUUGAGCCCAGCACAAGUUCAGCAGGUUCUCACCAGCAGCGUGCAGACAAUUUGCAAUGGAACAGUCAACAUGGCUUCGUCUCCAUCCUUCACCGCCACUACCCCAGUGGUAACUUUUUCACCCAGCAGUUCGCAGGUGGUCGCUCAUCCAUCUGGCACAGUGAUCACCUCGGUUAUUAAAGCACCAGAAACGAAACAGAUCGGCGUACAAGGAGCGAUAAAAGAGGAAGACAGUGACAAAUUAGAUGAUACUGAGCAGUCGGAGCAGAAGUUUCAGCAGCAACCGUUUGUGAUGGUAGUAUCCAGUUCAAAUGGUUUCCCAUCUAACGUGCAAGUGAAGCAAGAAGAUGAGCCAUUGGAACCCCAUUCAUAUCAAUAAAUUUUUUAAAAAGACCCUGUGGAUGAUUAUUUUCAUAAAUGUGAUGGGACCUUUUCAGUUAUGUAUAUAUGAUUUGAUUCAGAAGCAAGAUGUUAUAAAGCUACUUAAUUUCUGCAGAUAAUUGUUAGAAUUCAUGCUUUAGAACUGAUUUUGAUUUUCUGUUAAUUGCUAAAUGUUAUCAUAUAAAUAAAAUUAUAUAUUACUCGUUUCAAAAUACAGGCAUGAAGGAACAUGCUUUUUAUUCUAUGAAGACUUUCUCAAAGUUUCAGACUUCUUUCUUACUGUACAUUUUCAGCCUGUUGCUGAUUUACAUUGCAGUAACAUUAUUAUAACCUUUUGUGUUUAAUCUAGACAUGUAUCACUUAACUUUUGAAGCAACAGUUACUUUUAAUGGGACAUUUUCAUUCCACGUGUAUGAAUUUUUAUGAUCAAGUGUCUGUUUCAUACCAGUGAAUUUACAUCAGUUUUAGACUCUGAUAACCAGGUAUCCUCUUGCAUUUUUUUUGCAGCACAAGCUCUUGUGUGUGCAAAAUUGAAUAUACACUCCUAUUGAGAGUACAAAAAACAUUUAUUCCAGUAAUGGACAAUGCCAUGUCUAUAUUUUAUACGAAAACAUCAGAUAUAUUUAAUUACAGAAGCUAACAGCAUCACUACAGGUGCAGAUGUUUCAUGCCAUUUUGUGACUAUGAAGCUUAAUAAUCUUGCUUUCUACUUCAGAUUAUUUUGUAAGGGGGGAGGGAAAUGAAAUAUAUACAAUUUAUGCAGGUGUUCUGAGAUUAAUACUUCUAAGAGUUCUUUUUGAUUGUAAAUAAUGUACAUUCAAUGUCACAAGGAAGUUUUUUCAGCUAAUUUGUUUCCAUACAAAUUUUUGAUAGAUGCAAAUAAGAUCAUUAUGUUUAGAGGUCUAAUGUUAUAUGUAUUCAUAUUACAGAGUGAAUUUGUAUUUAAAGACAAAUUUUUAAAUGAUGGAGCCCUCUGAACCUUGGGUCCUUGCCUUUUGUAUUUUUAAUUGGUUUAUUAUGAAAAUAAAUCAAGCGGAAAAACA